AUGAAAAUCCGCCUGAGGGAAUACAAUAACUCAAACUCCCUACCCCUUCUCCGGGAACAGAAAAACAUUAAAGAAAAGGGAAGAAAUAACAAAUACAUUGGUGAUAUCAUGAACAAUGCUCAAACACUCCAGACUCCAGUGACCUUGAAAACCAACCCAGUUACACAGUUCCAUGUCAAAAAACCUCCCGCCUCUGAGCAUCGACGCAGGAUGGAUCAAUAG